AUGGUUUUGAAGAUCGCGCAUGCCGCGGUGACGAGCCUCCUCACGCCCAAUCACUAUACCCACGUUGUCCUCGCGCUCGUCGCCAUCUACGCGCUCUACACAUACUCUCAAGGAAGAAAGACGACAAGAGAACGUGAUCUACAUGGUCGAACUAUAAUUUUGACUGGCGCGUUCACGCCAAUAGGUCUGACACUCCUGGACACCCUAGCGAGUCGAGGAGCACACAUAAUUGCACUAUCUGAAACGCCGAUUGACUCGGGUUCACCCCACGUCCUCGUCCCCAUCCUCCGCCAAACGCACAACAACGAGCUCAUCUACGCUGAACACGUCUCCCUCUCCUCCCCAAGUUCUAUCAAGAAGUUCUGCGAAGGAUUCGUGAAGACGGAGAAUCAACGUGUAGACGCGAUCAUCUUCGGCCACGAGUAUACUGUGAGGAGUAGUGCGAAGGAGAGGGAGAACGCCAGCGCGAGUACCUUCUUAUUCGUCACGCUGUUCUUGCCUCUGUUGCUCGUGGCACCGGCCGAACGCGAUAUACGGCUGAUCACACUUGUCAACCCGUUCUACUCUGCCGCCGCACCGCGCUUCAGCGCACUCCCACCUUCAUCCUCGCCCACCACAUCGCCUUCCGCGCCAAUCAGGAAGCCGAAACCGGAAGGACUGUUGGCAUCCGAAGGCCGUCGGGCAUUACGCACCGUUGUGUUGACAAGGCACCUGCAACGUGUACUCGACGCGUUGCCGAACAACAAGCAGGUGCCGCGUACGGACGGUCCGGCUGUCACUAUCGUGAGCAAGAAGAAGCAGCGAUCGAAUAUAGUCGCUGUUUCUGUGUCUCCUGGAGUCAGCCGCGGGGACGUGGUCGCGCCGUUACUCGGGGCAGAAUCGAUUGUGAGGCCUAGGUCGUGGAGAGGCUUAUUUCUGUAUAUCCUCCUCAAUCCACUCAUACGAAUCCUCACGAAGUCCCCCAAAUCGGCGCUCGAAACAGUCUUACACGCACUCUUCCUUCCUACGCCUUUCAAGCUCGCACAGUCCGACGCUGUAGAGCGAGAGAAUGUGAACGAAGACGGUGCACCAGGGUCUGGCCCACGACGAACACCCGACGAGAUCGAGGUUUUGAAACCAGGCGCUCUCUACGCAGAAUGUGCUGUCGUUCCUCUUCGCGUUCCGCCCGCGCCUCCACCACCUGAAACCGACGGUGCUGAGAAGGCGGAGAAGAAAGACGAGAAGGAGGAGGAAGACGAUGGGGAGCUCGGUGGGGUCAUGCUGGGCCAAGCGGUGUGGGAGGAGUACGAGGGGUUGCUGAAGGAGUGGGAGAAGAGGGUGAAGGAGGAAGAGGAGAGGCAUGAGCGGGCGGAGAAGGAGAGAGAGGAACGGGAGAGGGAAGAGAGGGAGCGUGAGGAGAGGGGUAGGAGGAGGGCUAGUACGCCACCGACUGUUGACUCGGACGUUGUUACGAGCGCAUGA